AUGUCCCUCUGGAGUGAUGAGGUCAUUCAAAAAGAAACAAAAGUUAACCCGCAGCCUUACACAAAUUUUCAGGUGGCGGCUUCUGAAUCCAUCGGUGAGAAGACCAAACUGUUGGAUGUGAGUGCUUCCCUGAAGGCCAGCUUCUUUGCUGGGCUGGUUGAGGUUGGGGGCUCUGCACAUUAUCUAAAUGAGAAGACAUCUUCCAAACUCCAGUGCCGAGUCUCCAUGCAACACCAGGUGACCACUGUGUUUAAGGAGCUGAUGUUCUCAGGGCUGGAGGUCCAGUAUCCUGACGUCUUUAACAUGAAGGAGGCCACACAUGUAGUGACCGGAGUGCUCUAUGGGGCUAACGCUAUCCUGGAGUUUGAAAAUACAGCCUCAGAUGCUUCAGAAAAGCAGACAGUCCAAGGCACCCUGAAUGUGAUGAUCAAGAAGAUUCCCUCAAUGGAGAUAUCAGCAGAGGGAAAGGUUGAUCUGAGUGACACAGACAAAGAGAAAGUGAAGAAUUUCAGCUGCAAGUUCUAUGGUGACUACAGGUUAAAGCAGAACCCUACCACAUAUGAGGAAGCUGUCUUGUUGUACAAAGAUCUGCCCAAUCUGCUUGGUAAGGAUGGAGAACUUGCAGUGCCCUUGAAGGUGUGGCUGUACCCACUGAAGAAUCUGAAUGACAUUGCUGCCCAGCUGAAGCACAUGAUCUCAGAGUCUUUAAUAUCUCAGGUGGAGAAAAUGAUGGAGGAUCUCCACCAUGCAGAGAUGAGAACCAAUGACCUGUUGGAGAUCAGUAAGACCAUCAAGGCCAAAGACAUCUGUGACAAACUGGAGCUGUUCAACUGCAGACUGAAGGAUUUCACCACAGUGUUUUCACAGAAACUGACUGAACUCCUGCCCACCAUCAGAGAUGGGACUGCAGAGGAAAAGAGCCUGACUGACCUUCUCAUGUCCCAGCAUGCAUCUGGCUUUACCAGGAGCGAAAUGGAUGACUGGCUGGAUGGGAAGGAGACUGAGAUUGGCACAAUCAAAUCUUACGUUACUGAACUGAAGUUAGAAAUUAAAACUCCAGGUCCAGAACUUGAUAUAUUUCUCAUUCAGCCUGAUGUGGUUCAUGCCUUUAUGUUCACCUUCACCUCUCUGAAAUAUGAGGAACCGUACCUGAACAAAAUCACCAAGACAACUGAGGACCUGAGGAGGGGUAUCAACAUUCGUCUCCCUGACCAGAACACACCUAUAGAAACACCGUGGUAUUUAAAGCCAGGAAUCAAGGAGACCCUUGAUUUCUCUCUCACACUUAUUCAAUGCUUUCCCUCUCAUUCUAAGAUAAUCAGUUAUAUUUCAGACCCAGAACACCCUGGAGCCUCAGUCCGUUGGUAUCGCAAUGGUACUUGUCGGGAUCCCUAUUUGAUGAGCGUCCCCUUCCUCAAAGGUAUGUCAGCCGAUCUCACACUGGACCCAAACACAGCACACCAAUUUCUCGGUCUUGCUGAGGGAAACAAAAAGGUGACAAGACUGGGUCCUCCCUCAGGUAUUACAGACAGUAUUUUUGGGACUCCACAGGUACUGAGUGAAGAGACUCUGACAGGACUCUGUUACUGGGAGGCUGAGUGCACUGGUGAUGGAUUCAGUAUAGCUGUGACACAUAAAGGCAGGAAAGAUGAUCACAGUGAAUUUGGAUGUGAUGAAGAGUCCUGGAGUCUGCGCUGCCAAGGUCACAGAUACACUGCCCACUACAAUAAUCAGAGCACUGAUAUAUUUUGGUUCACCGAAGAUGAAAUCAGAAUAGGAGUGUAUCUGGACUGCCAGUCUGGCACUCUGUCUUUCUACAACAUCUCCUCUGACACACAAAGAUACGCACUCAUAUACACAUUCCAAUCCUGCAAAUUCACUGGGCCCCUCUAUGCAGGGUUUGGGAUUCGGGGAUCUGACACCUCAUUGUGUCUUGUGGACAGUGUUGACAAGGAAGAUGAGGAAAAUCUCUUCUUCUUCUUCCUCAGUACAGGGCUGGAUGACAUUGAAUCAUACAGAGGCUUUGUCUAA